AAAAUCUCCAAACUCCCAAAACCACCACCACCACCGCCAUUAAAUAAUUCACAAUCCUUUUGUAAACUUUCAAAAACUCAAAAAGAACUAAUAAAAUAAUCAAUCUUUUACAUUCAAAAUUCACCAGAAAGAAGCAUCCCAGCUUCUUCUUCUUCUUCUUCUCCUUCUACUACUUUCUUCAUCCCUCUCUCUCUCUGUCUCUCUCUCUCUCUGUGGAACCCUAAUAGAUUUGAUCUCUGAUCACCUUGAGAUCUUCAAAACCCCAGAACCCAGAACCCAGAACCUACCUCCCUCUUUCUCAAACCCCAUUUAAUAAAAAUCCCAUCUUUUUUUUUUUUUUUAAAUUUUUCUUUACCAUCCUAUAUCUAUCUGUAUAUAAAUCUCUCUCACUCUUCUUAUUGUACUAGCUUUGUAUGUAUAUGUCUAAGCUUAGCCAGCUACUAUAUUAGCUGUUUUCUUUUUCUUAGCUCUGUUUCUCUCCAUCAAUGGAAAUUUAAUAUGUUUUUCUUUUCCUUACAAUUUUCAGACCCUUUUAAAUGCUUCUUCAUUAUGUCUCUAUCUCUCUCAUCCUAUUGAAACCCAAAUAUUUUCCUUUUUCAGAAUCACUCUGCAUUUUUCUCUUUUUUCCUCUUUAAUUUGUUGAAUUUUUCUUUUCAAAUCCCACUGUUUUCCCCCAAAGUUUUUUUUUUCCCUCAAAAUUUGUAGAAAAAUGGAUUCUGUUUGUGAUCGUAAGCUGAGAAAAUCCACGAAGCCAUUGAUGCUUAAAGAUUACCUAAUGGAUGAUCAGAGCUCAUGCUCAUCCAACGGUUUCAAAUCGUUUCCACGUAGACAGUGCUGCACGACCGUUCGAUUCCUCUUGGAGAGCGAUCUUAAAAAACCAAACAACACGAAACGACAUCUCAAAAGGAGUCGUUAUAGAGCGGCUUCAACAACAAUCUCCGCUUUGCAGAGAGCUUCGGUGGCCGUGAUUAACGUCGUUAAGCAUUUUCCGUUUCCUUCCGUUAAGUCUCCAAGCAGAAGGAGACUUCUUCCGAGAAGCGUAUCGAGGAAGCUGUUAAGGAGGAGCUUUCGGAAGAAAACAGAAAAAGACGAUGAGAGUAACAUCGGACGGUCGAGAUUGUUCCACGAAUUCCUCCGGGAACAUGAUAAGCCGUCCGAUCAGAAUACCUCCACUACUACCGUAAUCAUUCCGAGGCUGUCGUCGACAAGUACGAGCAGUAAUAGCUGGGCAGAGAGCGAAUUUACUUCGGAUAUUUUACCGUCAUCAAGCGGUAACUCCGAGUGUUCAACCGGAAACGACGUCGUCGUCGUCGCGGAUAGUGAAAAGGAUUUGUCAGAAAAGGUCAACAAAAAAGUCGACAUAACUGUCGGCGACGAUUCGAUGGAAUGCUCAGCCACUGCCAAUUGCUCUUUUCAAAACUCAAAGGGGUGGCCAAAUGAAGAAGAGAAGGAGCAAUUCAGUCCUGUGUCUGUGUUGGAUUGUCCAUUUGAAGAUGAAGAUGAAGCUACUUCACCUUUUCGUCGUGAUCUUGCUCUCAUUGAUGGAACCAAACAAAAACCUGUGCAUAAGAUCCGACGAUUCGAGAAUCUCAGGCAACUCAAACCGGUAGACUUAGACAAGAGAAUGGCAUUAAUGACAGAGCUUGAAGAUGAAACACCAGUAUCAUCCGUGGACUCAAACUCCCUAUCUCUUCAAAACACCAUUUGCAGUGCAAACCAUGAUCAAGAAAUCGACGACAAAGCGCGAGAGCUCGUGAAGAUGAUAUUCAAAACAACCACGACCCCAUCGAACACAUUGGUUUUCAAAGCAGAAAACCUAAUGUUCGAUUUCUUUAGAGAGAGCAUUGUGGAAGAAUAUCACAAAAAUGCAAUGGAGGAGCUUUUGAAGGUAGCAGAAGAUUGGAUACAUGGGAAGCCACAAGAGGUAUUGCUGGGAUGGGAGGUGAAAGAAGGAAGAAAUGGGUAUGUCAAGGAUAUGGAAAAAGGUGGAAAGUGGAGAAAAUUGGAUGAAGAAAAAGAAGAAGUGGGUUUGGAGUUGGAGAUUGAGGUUUGGAACACUUUGCUCAAGGAGCUUUUGUUUGAUCUAUUAUAAUGAUAAUUUAAGUUGUCAUUUGUAUCUCGUUGACUAUUGUUUAUGAUUAGUCAACGCAAAUGUUGAGAAACCUCAAGGUUGUUUUCAUCAUUCUGCAGCAGGCAAGUCAUUGGCUUGAAUGACUAAAGCCACUUUGAAAGAGAGAGACAGAGAGGGGGGGCAUGCAAGUAUUAAUUUAGAGUGUUUUUAUAUUUAUUUAUUUUUUUUCCCUCCCUCUAGUUUAAUUUAUUAAUUUCAUGGAAAAAAAAAAAAUUCGAAAACCUUGAGUUUUUUUAAAGGGAACAGUUGCUUCAAUGUGUCUAUUUAAUUAGUUUCUUUAUUUAUUUUGUUUUCAUAUGGAA